GACCGAUUGUCUGUUAAUUCCUGGUGAGCACGAUGGACAACGACGAGCUUCGGGUGGAGGAUGAGACACAGGAAAAUCACAGCAGACGGCCAAGUCUGUCCCCGACAAAUGCGAACGCGGACGAUCGGACCCCGAGCAGAUCGCCGUCGCACGUGAUACCGGAGAAUGCGACACCGAACGUGCCCUCGGCGACUUCGACGCCCCGAAGUCGAAAAUCCUCGACGGAGUCGAAUUCACACAGUUUGAACGACAGCUCCCAAAGGACGGUGGCCGCGGAUAGUAAAGAGAUCGUGAUUCACGACGCAGAUAAGAAUGGUAUUAUUCCAACUGGAUCGCCGAGAACCAACAGAAAAUGCUCGAGAGCCAGUGUCUAUCCAUCCGGCACGAGUUUGACCGCCAGAGACGCUUUCGGUCCGAAGCUCACAAUGCCAGAUACAUCGGACGACAACCCGUCAUUGAUAAAUACACCGAUAUUCCCGGAUGAAACACCAAGGGACGAUGCAAUGUUACAGAAGGAUGCGUCCCCUGAACCGGAAAUCGAUCCUGACACGUUAUAUUUUCGUGACGGCAGAAGACGGAUCGACAAAGUGUUGGUGUAUCAAGAUGACGUUAACGGGGUGCUGACGGAAGUGGAGACACGUAGACAGGAGCAGAGACGGGUUUUCCAGCAGAAUCUAUUGAAGGAAGGUCUGCAAUUGGAACUCGAGCCAAAAGAGAAUUCCUUCGACGGGAAAACGUAUUUCUUGAAGCUGCACAUACCGUGGAAAAUCAAAGUGCAGUACGCGGAAGUGAUGAACCUGAAGCUGCCUACCAAAAGAUUCAUCACCAUCUCUGUGAAGGCUUGGCAAGGUAACGAGGACGCGAGACAGAGACCGAAACUUUGGGAGAAAUGGAUGAAGUGGAUAAAAUGGAUGAGAAAGUUACACACCUGGGACACCAAGAAGUAUCCGGAGGAGCCAAGUUUUUACAAAAGCACCGAUUCCGGUGACCGUGAGGAGAGGUUCGUGGUAAAGGACAGGGACACAGCUUACACACCUGCUCAAAGAUCGCUGAUAGUGAUGCAGAUAUUGCUGAGAGCUAGGUACGACGAGCAUCACGAUAAAUCCGGUAUCCGUAGACUUUUGGCGGACGGCACUUAUCUCGAUUGCUUUUCGCUGCACGAGGGACCAUACAAUAAACCGGUCCUCAACGGGGAGAUCCUCGACAGAUAUUUAUUGUACUUGAUCUGGGCCAGACCUGGACAAUGGUAUAAGAAACAACCCCUUUGGUUGAUCAGACGGUAUUUCGGUGAGAAAGUGGCCCUUUACUUCGCAUGGUUGGGCUUCUACACGAAAUGCUUGUACGCGCCAGCGAUCGUUGGGCUGCUCUGCUUCAUGUACGGCGUGUUCAGCAUGGAGAGCAGCGACAACAUUCCCAGCAAAGAGAUAUGCAAUCCAAAGAUAGGGGGAAAUAUCACAUUGUGCCCCAACUGCGACAGAGUGUGCUCGUAUCAGUACCUGGGCGAGUCUUGCAUCUUCUCGAAGCUAUCUUACCUGUUCGACAAUCCAGCCACCGUAUUCUUCGCUAUAUUCAUGUCCUUUUGGGCCACGACGUUUCUCGAGCUAUGGAAACGACGCCAGGCAGUUUUGAUCUGGGAAUGGGACCUUCAGAACGUCGAGAGCGACGAGGAGCCCAGGCCGGAAUUCGAGACCACGGUGAAAACGUUCCGAAUAAAUCCUGUGACCAGAGAAAGGGAACCGUAUCUACCGACUUGGUCCAAGGCGGUGCGUUUCUUGGCCACCGGAUCCAUAGUGUUUUUCAUGAUAUGUGUAGUUCUGGGUGCAGUGUUGGGAACAAUCAUUUAUCGAAUAUCGCUGGUGGCCGUGUUCUACGGCGGCGGCGGACGGUUCCUGAAGAAACACGCGAAGAUCUUCACCUCUAUGACCGCCGCCCUGGUGAACUUGGUGAUCAUCAUGAUACUGACUCGAAUUUAUCAUCGUAUGGCACGAUGGAUGGUGAACAUGGAGAACCCGAGGACUCAGACAGAAUACGAGUCAAGCUACACCUUCAAGAUAUUCCUCUUCGAGUUCGUCAAUUUCUAUUCGUCCCUGAUCUACAUCGCCUUCUUUAAGGGAAGAUUCUUCGUCCAUCCCGGGGACGCGGACGCAAGGGUCUCCGAGUUUUAUCGAAUAAAAACGGACGUUUGCGAUCCAGCCGGUUGCCUGUCGGAAGUUUGCAUACAGCUCGCCAUCAUAAUGGUGGGGAAACAGUGCUUCAACAAUAUCGUGGAGAUAUUAUCGCCGAAACUGUGGAAUUGGUGGCGGAAAAGGAGUCACGUGGCCGCCACGAAGGAUCACGCUAGACCUUACACUUGCUGGGAAAGGGAUUACCAGUUGCAGGAUCCGGGAAGGCUUGCUCUCUUCGACGAGUACUUAGAGAUGGUAUUGCAAUACGGAUUUGUGACGCUGUUCGUCGCUGCGUUUCCGUUGGCGCCAUUGUUCGCGUUGUUGAAUAACAUCGCGGAGAUACGUUUGGACGCUUACAAGAUGGUGAGAGAGGCGAGGAGGCCGUUGGCGGAGAGAGUUCAAGACAUCGGUGCAUGGUCUGGCAUACUUCGUGGCGUGACUUACGUCGCGGUGGUGUCCAAUGCGUUCGUCAUCGCGUACACGUCCGAUUUCAUUCCGCGUAGCGUGUACGCUAUCGUGUACUCGCCGACGAACGAUUUGGUCGGUUACAUUGACAGUUCCCUGUCAGAAUUCAACACGUCCGACUAUCGGGAGGACAUGAAGAGCGACAUGGACGGUAAGCAUCCGGAAACAUGCCAGUACAGGGGUUACAGAAACGGACCUCAGCAUCCGACCGAUCCGUACGGUCUAAGUCCACAAUACUGGCACGUGUUCGCAGCUCGUUUGGCCUUCGUCGUUGUGUUCGAGCAUGUCGUUUUCGCCCUGACUGGAAUAAUGAGCUACGUAAUACCAGCGGUGCCCCACUCGUUGGCGACCCAACUGCAACGCGAACGGUUACUCGCGCAAGAAGCCAAGUACGAGAAGGGCCUGAAGGGCCGAGAAAACGAGGACGAUAUCCUGUCGAUGCUCAGGGACGCUGGAAGCAACGGUAGAACCGGGGGCGGCGGUAGAGGCAGCUGGGCGAGACGAUUCAGUAAGUUAAGCGACGGAUUGGACGCCCACGUAGACGUGGGCGUCAGAAUCAACAAAACCAGCGAUGGUUCAACUGUCUGGGAAGUCACAUAA